AUGUGUGAUAUUCAUGAAUCAAGAGUUAAUGAUGACAAGAUGGUAAAUGACGUAUCAAAUCAAUUGCAACUUUCAAAAUUAAGACAGAUUUUUUAUCGUUGGGCAGAUGAUGCCAUUUCACUGAAAAAGAUACACGAUAAGAUCAGAAAUGUAAGGAAAAUGAUGGUCAACUCUUCCUUGAAUCGCUAUUUUUCAAAAUGGGUAUCGAAUUACUCCAUUUCGAAGUUUAACCGCGAAAAAACACAAGAAUACAUUGAGAAAUCGACAAACACUCUUCUCAAGAGAUCAUUCACACGUUGGGGUGCAUUAUUCAAGUCAACAGUUGCCACAAAAGACUUGAGAAACAAAAUUUCAUGGUUUAUCAAGAAAAAUUAUUACAAGAAAGGUCUUAAAGGAUUCAAGCAAAACAAAGAUGAACAUGACAUGAUACGUAAAGCAGCUAUUUUCAGAAGAACAAAGCUCUUGUUAACUAUUUAUAAUCCAUGGAAGAAAAGUUACUUGAAAUUCAAAAAAUUGGAGUUCUUAAUUAAGUCUGUUAUUGAUUUUGGAAGAAUUGUUUCAAUGAAGAAAGGUAUAAUAGCAUUCAAAAGAUAUCAUCAAUAUCUUAUCAAGAAGGAAGCAGAAGAAGAUGAAGCAAUGAAGAUUUACGAAGACAGAAAAGUCGAAAUUUUUGUCAGAGGUUUCAUUGAAGGAUCUAAAGGUUUCUUUGCAGCACAUUCUGAAAGUGAAGACCUUCUUAAAAGCGAAGAUUCUGAAGAAUCAAUUGAUGAAGUCCCUCAAAAAGUUGAUGUUGUCCAAGAAAAGGAACCAGUUGUUGAAGAAAUUCCUAAACCAAUCAUUCCACCUGAUUCAAAACCAAAACCACUUCCAAAUUCAGCUCCGAAAUUCGAAAUUCCAGAAAUCGUUGCACCAAGAAGACCAAGUUUCCUUCCUGCACCAAAUAAACCAAUUGUAUCCAACACAAGUUCUCCUUCUAAAGUUCUUCCUUCAUCUCCUCCAUGUUCUCCUGAAAGAUUAAGAAUUGACAAUGUCAUAACACAUCAGAAAGCUAUUCCUUUGGAAGAAGAUAAGCCGAAUAACUCUUUGACACCUGUUGAGUCAGAAAAACCAAAUGAAUUAAAUCAAAAAGUUGAAGAAAUUCCAACAAAUGAUCAAAAAUCGGAAAUUUCUCCUAAAAUUGAUCAAGAAAAAGAAGUUGAUCCAUUAACUGUUGAACUUCCUCCUCCCAAACCUCUUCCACAAGGCAUUUCUCCAGUUAAUGCAUCUCCAAAACCUCUUCCACAAGGAAUUGAAUCUGUUAAGGCAACACCACAGCCAUUACCAAUGAUACCUCCUCAAUACGAGAAAUCGGCGAAAAGAACUCGUCAAGAAGUCAUCGAAUUAGUCAUUGCUUUCAGCAAGAGAUUGAACGAGAUACAGAGACAGCCAAUCACUCCUGAGCUGAAGAAUGAGGCGUCUCAGAUAAUGAAUGAAAUCAUUCAGCUCAAAUCAGAAUUAUCUGUUUGUUUGUAA